GCCCUUUGGGGUUCAGGUGACUGAGUGUGGGAAGCCUUUGUCAUAGGGUAAAAGUUGCCUACUCCUGGGCUGUAGGCUGCACACUUUAGGUCAAAUAUCAGGUUCUGUAGCUGGGUAUUUUAUCAGAACAAAUCUGUUCUACAAUGAUUAUUUUCCUUAGCUCAGGGUUGUUUUGCCUAUUGAUGGCAGCUGUGGGCAUACAAGCACAACAGACACCUUCUAUAAAUGACCUCAACGCUGAAUGCCUUGGUAACGUUAUUCGUUUGAGUGUCGCUCCUCUUUUUGAAGAGGUUGACGCUGUCUUCAAUGACACACAAAUCAUAAACCUGACGCCUGGCCUUGCUACUCAGUGUGGAUUCAGCUUUAAAUUUGACCCCAUGGGGAAUGCCAUGUUUUUUGCUUCUCUUCAAAACUGCUUUUCCCAAAACAUGGAUGAUAAGAUGUUCAGCUUGGUCAUGCAGUUCAGGCUGCCAGGAAACCACACGACUGAAGACCCUGUUUAUAGAGUGGGCAAAACCUGUAGCUACACCCCCUGGACCUCCCGAGAGAUUCUGUGCGACCGCAACUACAUGGAGGUGUCUGUCAGAAAGACUCUUCCAGACAUCCAAACCAUCCCCAAACAGCCCACUGGGGGCCCGAAAGCAAGGAGCGGCAACUUCCGGAGGGGAGCUGAGGCUGUUGCUUCAGGAUACAAAAUGACAGUCGUCUUUAGUCCUAGCAAGAAUGUCAUGAAUGUGGAUGAGGUCCAAAGAAAGGGCUAUGCAAUAGCCAACACUCCCACACGGCUGGUGUUAAGAAGCCCUCAUAAUGCAGAGGAGACAUACCUCCAGAAUGUAGCUGGGGUUCCGAUGCGGGUGCUCUCAACCUCAACCUUCUUUGAGCAGAAGUGGCUGGUUACUCGAGUAGAUGCCACGGCUGUUUGUCCAACACCAGAGGCAGUGGCCUUUACUCCAGAAGUGAUCACCUGGUACAUGCCCAAGCACAUAGACCCACUUUUCUCCUCUGAUGCCUUCACCAUGUUGGAGGUGUACAUGGGAAUUGACGCUAAGAGGCUGGACACUGAGGAAAUGGCUGCCAGAAACUACUCGGUUUUAGUCACAGAGGCUCAUAUUAUUGUUGAAAUUCCGGUGGGGGCGGUUGGCGGCAACUUCAAGAGCCAUAUUCAGGAUGACCAGUACUUUGUCACUUACACCAUUGAGCCCAUGCUUGAGUUGCUGUGGAUCGAGGAGGUCGCACACGAGAACACCAGCUAUAAAGUCCUCUUCCCUAUCACAACACCUCCGAUGGCCAGGCCUCCACAAGUUCGCAACUUGCCACCCUCAGUCACUGGCAACUGUGAUCAGGAGAACUUCCACAUCACUGUGGACUACAGGAACCAAGAGCCCUUUUUUGUAGUCUUGGUUGGCAAGCGGCUGCUUAACCAUGAGUUUGCUCAACAGUAUUUAACAGAGGGCGACACAGACUUCACCAUCACGUUGCCCUUCUCUUCGCCGGACGCAGUGUUUGAGUCGGUUCACUCGUCGUCUGUCCGGAGCAGACUGGAUGUGGCUCUGUUGAAUCCUUACAACAACAUGACCAUCAAAUACUUCUCCCUGGCUUGCAGCUUCCUCAAAACGCUGACUGAGUGUUUCUCUAACGGAACGAUGACUGCGCUGGCGGUGAAGGUGGAUUCUGUUCCCGGUCUGAACCCCGGUCAGCUGACCCUGAGCGACCCCGCCUGUGGUCCCACCUACAGUGACGAUCGCUUCGCCUACUUCCACUUCACUGUGAACUCCUGUGGCACCACCAGGAAGUUUAUCAACAAUGUCAUGCUGUAUGAGAACGAAAUCUCCUUGCCAGAUGAACUUGAGGUGAAGCUGAAUGCCACGACGUCUUCAGAGGAGGAAUAUCAGUUAAAGGUUUCCUGCUCCUAUGUGGCCAACAUCACUCGCACAUUGGCCUUCCUGACCAGGCCGCGUGACAACGAGCCUUUUGCCGAGACUGGGACGGGUCGACUAAUGGUCAGAAUGAGACUCGCUCAGGACGCCUCGUAUAACACGUUCCACCAGGAGGAGGACUAUCCAGUGGUGAGGUACCUGAGACAGCCUCUGCACUUUGAGGUGGAGCUGACCACGUCCUCUGAUCCCAAGGUAGCGCUGGUGCUUGACCACUGCUGGGCCACCCUCAACGAGGACCGUGACUCCCGACCCCGGUGGAAUCUCAUCAUUAAUGGCUGUGAGAACCCCGAGGAUCCAUACCGUGUGGUCUUCCACCCGGUAGAAGCUGACGCCAGGGUCCGCUUCCCUCCUCACGUCAAACGCUUUGAGGCCUAUAUGUUUUCCUUCGCCGGUGAUGCGGUUGAGCCGAGUGGCCAGGUCUUUGUCCAUUGUGACGUGGUCAUCUGUGAUGCCAGUAGUCCCACUGGUGGCCCCUGUAGUGGACAAUGUGUGAAUCAGGACAACCUGAAAAGAGGUCAACGACAUGUCAAAGACUUCUUUGAGGAGCGUCAUGUAUAUGUUUCUUCUGGAUACAUUCUUUGGGUGUAAUGUAUUGUUCUAACAUGUCAAAUAAAGUGUUCUAUAUAAAACAAUCCUAA